AUGGAACUGCUAAAUACUCUAUUAUUAAUUUUCUUUAAGGAAGGUGCUUAUUGUGAAAAAUUUUCUUUUAUUGGAGAAUGGUAUGACAAUCAAGCUAGCCUCGUUCGCCGGUUCAAUGUAUUUUAUUAUCCUACUGAUGACACAAUCGAAAUGUAUGAUUUAAAAAAUAGAAAAACUUUUCUUCGUCGUGUUAAAGUGAACGGAGUAACAUUAGAUAAUUUUUUCAUUGGUUCAACUCUUCAAAUUCUAGGAAGGUUGAUAAAAAUUGUAGAUUUCGCAUGUGAAGCUACUAGAACACAAUUAAACAAGGACAUGCAAAUAACAUUUGCUAUGAUAAAGCCACUUCCUAAUAAAAUUGCUGGUAAGAUCUUAACUCAUUUCCAUGAGCAUGGUCUAAAGAUAACUAAAAUGAAGAAAUCUUUUCUUACUGCUGAAGAUAUUAAUUUCAUAUACAGAAAUCAGAUAUCAGAUCAAUCAUUUCCAUUUCUUCUUGACUACCUAACUGGGCAACAAGUGUAUGGUUUGGAAUUAGUGGGUAAAGACUCUGUUUCAGCUUGUUUGAAAAUUCUCGGGGAUAAGGAUCCCUUGAAAGCUGAACCGGGUACUGUUAGAGCUCUUUAUGGUACAGACCCCGUCAGGAACUGUGCACAUGUGUCUUCUAGCCCUGAGGCUGCUUUAGAGGAUAUAGAAUAUUUUUUUCCACCACCAGCUUUAAGGUCUUUGCGCCUUCGGUUGACAGCAACUCUGUCUAACUGUACACUGUGUAUAGUGAAACCACAUGCAAUACGAGAGGGAAAAUUAGGAGCCCUGUUGGAAGCUAUAGAUGAAGGAGGAUUUAACAUUACAGCCCUUAAUAUGUUUAUUGUGGAGAAUAUUAAUGCUGCCGAGUUUUAUGAAGUGUACAAAGGAAUAGUACAAGAGUAUAAGGGAAUGGUGGAAGAAUUGUCGAGUGGACCUUGUGUAGCUAUGGAAAUUGUUGCAAAAGAUAAGAAUAUCAACAGUGCUGUGGAAUUCAGGAAGUUAGUUGGUCCGUCUGAUCCGGAAAUUGCUAGACUAUUACGUCCACAUACUCUGAGGGCUAAAUUUGGUAAGACAAAGGUGCAAAAUGCAGUACACUGUAGUGAUUUAGCUGAAGAUGGACUCUUAGAAGUUGAAUAUUUCUUCAAAAUAUUGGAUCUUUAAGAGACUUAUUAGAUAUGUGACUUAUGACUGUGAUGGGAGACUAUUCUUGAUUUAAAUGAACGUAAUAUAUUAGUCGUUGGGUUUGGUGCUUUUCUAAGAUUCCCGUAUUAUAAUUUAUACUUACAUUUUUAAAGAUUUAAAAGAUUCCGUUGCUCAUUAGUUCUUAGCUUACAAGUAUUCAGGUUUAGCAGAUCUAUAUAAUAUUUUAUUAUUAUUAAAAAAAUACAUUUUAAUAUAUAAUAAAUGCAAUUUUCGGCGGCGUGGGCUUACGCACUAAGGUUGAUUAGGUAUUGAUUGAAAGAUAGAUUCACGUUAAUGUCACAUAUUUCUUGGCGAAAUAAUAUAUUGUCUAGUUUGCUGUUUAUUGUAUUACAUUUAAGAUUUGCCCUUUAAAAGGAGUUUUUUUUUUUUCAAAAGACUGAGUUUGUAUUUUUUGUACACCAUGAGUUUGCGUAAUAAAAAGCACAUUAUAAAUA